GGUGGUGGUGGUGAGGAAUGUUAGGUCCAGAUGAUAGGACGAGCGGUGGCGGGGGAUGUCAUCUCCUGGUGUGUCUGUAAGGGAAAGUCGGUUAGUACUAUUCACACUGUUGUAUUACAACGUACGUAAUUUACUCCAUUUUAAUUUGCCGUAUUAAUUUUUCUCGUGCGUUUAUUUAAAAAUGUUUAAAUGCGAGCAAUGCCCUUUGGUAUUCAUGUACGAAACUAAUUUGAUGGUUCACCGAAAAACGCAUAUAAAUUUUUUUAAAUGCGAUCAAUGUACUUCGGAAUUCACGGCGAAACGUAAUUUAACUGCUCACCGAAAAACACAUGGCGGUGUCCGUUUCCCGUGUACUAGAUGCUCCAUUACAUUCAGUUACAAGACCAACCUCAAAAAACAUUUGAAAAAUGUUCAUGGUGUUAUACAAGCCCCGAUUCGGCAAAGAAAUAUUCGAAUCAUGCCGAAAACAACCACUCCCGAUAAUGUUCAUGGUAUCAUGCAGCAAGGAAAUAUACAGAUCGCACCCCAAAUAUUUGUUCCUGAUAUUCCAGCAGGUUCGUCAUGUGUACGAGAUACCGAGGUAAACGGUCCACCAGUGAUACCAACCCUAAAUGAUGCCGUGACAGACUGUCCGGUGGAACCAUCCGUCCGAAAUGAUAAACUAUCAGCAGUACGAGAUAGCGUAUCACCAGUACGAGAUAACAUAAUGUCAACAGUACGAGAUAACGUGAUGGAUGAAUUUUACAACAACGUGGAUGACGAUGGCGAUUACGCUCAAGUUGCAGAUAUCAUCGAAAACCUUGGAUUCUGUAAAAAGGAAGAUUCAUACACCACUCUUGAUAAUGGAAAACGCGUUUCCAGUGCAAACACUAAAUCUGCUGUCAGGGCAAAAAAAUUACGCUUGAAUCUCGUAAAGUCCCCCGGGUUUACACAAAUCUCGACGUCAUCAAACAACACAAUCACUUGGUAUUACGUAAAAAAUACCGGCAAUAUUCAAAACUAUAUUUACUUCCUUGAUUCUAUUAAAUCCGAACUAAUCAAUUUACUAAAAUCAAUUGCGAGUAAAAAUCCGAUCAAGUUUAAUUUAAAGCUUGAGGCGACAUAUAAUAUACCAAAUGUCGAAUAUUCAUCGGAAAACCGUGCUUUCAAAACAUCGGCUAAGGCGGUUUUCUGUGAUACCGGAGUACAGGAAAUUGUUGAAGAGGCAUUCGCUAAAUUAAUGAAAGAGCAAGACGAGUAUACAAGCAAGGGUAGUGGUUUCACAUUACAAUGUAUAGACGGUUUAAUGUUAGGUGUAUAUAAAUAUACACCUAUAGGCGGCUCAUCCUACAUACAACUACCAGAUGCGAUAGAAAAUAAAAAAGCCACGAUUAACCCUCAAAACAUAGACAUGCAAUGCUUCAAAUGGGCAAUCCUAGCAAAACAUGUUACAGGAGAAAAUAAAUGUCGUAUUGGUGAUAAUUAUAUAAAACACGAAAAAAAAUAUAAUUUUACAAAUAUAUCGUUCCCGACACCACUACAUCAGGUUAAAAUUUUUGAAAAAAAUAACCCAAACGUGUCCGUAAAUGUUUACGGUAUCGAUAAGAAAUUUCAACCACCAAAAUUUCCGGAAUAUAAAGUAUUCCCUCUGAAAGUAGUACAUGAAGAAAAACCCGACCAUUUUGAUCUACUUAUAAUAUCAGACGGGGAUAACAGUCACUAUAGCUACAUCUCUAAUUUUUCACGGCUCAUCAGAUCACAAAAAACCAAACACGAUGGACAAACAAUAUUUUGCAAACGGUGCUUCACAACAUUCGACAAACAACAGUACAAAUAUAAAUUAAACGGCGUGGCAGGACUAGAACAACAUAAAUUAAUAUGUGGGGAGCACAAACCCAUACUACCUCAGAUACCUGAACCUGGGUCAAUACUCGAGUUUACUGCAUGGGAUAAAACACAACGUCAUCCUAUAGUAAUUUAUGCAGAUUUCGAAGCAAUUCUCAAGAAAACUGAUGAGAAAAUUGGAGAAAAAACAACAGCUUUUCAAGAACACGAACCCAUGAGCUAUGGGUAUAUGGUUAAAGCAAAUGACGAAAUACCGAUGGAACUGCUUGAAAAAUUCGGAAUUCCAACAUCACCCGUAAUCUACCGUGGAAAUGAAAAUAAUAAGGACGUGGCGAAACAUUUUGUAGAUAGUAUUGUAGACAUAGCUAAAAAAAUUGAAGAAUUACUCAAAACAAACAUUCCUAUAAUUUUCACGGGUGAACAACGAAAAACACACGAAUUAUGUAAUAAUUGUAAUUUAUGUAAGACCAAGUUUUCUCGUGAAAAUCAUAAAGUGGCAGAUCACUGCCAUUUAUCGGGAAAAUUUAGACAAUCGUUAUGCAAUACGUGUAAUCUUAAACUUCAAACACCAAACUUUGUACCGGUAUUUUUUCAUAAUUUAUCGAAUUAUGAUUCACAUUUCAUUGUCACUCGUCUUGGAUAUGAUACAAACUCCAUCUCUGUAAUACCAAACAGCGAAGAAAAGUUUAUUACGUUUUCAAAAUAUAUAAGCAAUUCGUUCACAUUAAGAUUUAUCGAUACACUGAGAUUUAUGGCCUCCAGCUUAUCAACACUUUCAAAAAAUUUAAUCACACCUGGAUUUGAAAAGUUUAGAAACAGCGCAAAACAUUUUUCCGCACAGGAUUUACCACUAGUUACCCGUAAGGGUGUAUACCCGUAUGACUAUACAGAUGAUUGGGAUAAGCUCGAAGAAACCAGUUUACCGGCAGAAAAAGAUUUUUACAGUUCAUUGGAAGAAUCACAUAUAAAACAUGAGGAUUUUGAACAUGCAAAUACAGUUUGGAACCAUUUCAGCUGUCAAACACUCGGGGAAUACUCUGAUCUUUAUUUAAAAAUCGAUGUGCUACUGUUGACUGAUGUGUUUGAAAAUUUCCGAGACCUCUGUUUAACCACCUACCAUCUGGAUCCAUCAUUUUACUACACGGCGCCAGGAUUUAGUUUUGACUGUAUGUUGAAAUACACGGGCCAACAACUCGAAUUACUUCAUGAUUAUGACAUGUUGUUAAUGAUUGAAAAAGGUAAAAUGAUUAUUUAUUUUUUUUUUUUAAAAUGUGAAAUAAUACUUGAUUUUAUUAUAGGAAUUCGCGGUGGGUUGACUCAGGCGAGCAUGAGAUAUGCAAAGGCGAAUAAUGAAAAGACACCAGAUUAUGAUCCAACAAAACCGAAAUCAUGGCUUGUUUAUCAGGAUUGUAAUAAUUUGUAUGGUUACGCAAUGUCACAAUUCAUGCCAUACGGUGGAUUUAAGUGGGUCGAACCCACACUAGAUGGGUUAAAUGCUUUAGACGAUAGUUCACCAAUCGGUCGGAUGUAUGAGGUUGACAUAUCAUACCCAAAAGAACUUCAUGACAAACAUAAUGACUUGCCAUUCCUACCGAAAAAUGAUAUUCCACCCGGUUCAAAAGUUAAAAAACUUAUGGCAACACUCCAUUCAAAGAAAAACUACGUGAUUCAUUAUCGGAACCUACAGCAGGCCAUUAAAAACGGACUAGUAGUGGAAAAAGUUCACAGAGUUAUACAGUUUAAUCAGUCAGACUGGCUUAAGAAAUAUAUAGAAUUAAACACUGAGAUGCGAAAAAAAGCUAAAAACGACUUCGAAAAGGACUUUUUCAAACUUUUAAACAACGCUGUUUUCGGGAAGACGAUGGAGAAUUUAAGACUUAGAAUUAAAAUGGAGCUUGUUUGUAGUGAAAAACGUCUGCAAAAACUUAUAAACCUUACAACAUUCAAACACUGCAUUACAUACAAUGAAACUCUGAAUGCCAUAUCAUUAGAAAAUAAAAUUAUCAAGUUUUGCAAGCCAAUAUAUAUAGGUUUUGCAGUAUUGGAAAUUUCGAAGACCGUUAUGUAUGAUUAUCAUUACAACGUUAUGCAAGCCCAUUAUGGAAAUAAAAUUGAGCUCAUGUAUACUGAUACAGAUUCACUGGUAUACUAUAUCCAGACCGAUGAUUUUUACAAAGACUUGGAAAAUAAUUCCAAUUUACUCGAUCGAAUGGAUACAUCAGACUUACCACGAGACCAUCCGUGUUACAUUGCCGAACGAAAGAAAAUUCCGGGUCUGUUUUCCGAUGAGACUAAUUCAGAGGUUAUGACAGAUUUUUGUGCACUACGUUCAAAGUCUUAUGCAUAUAAGAUCAAUGGUAAGGAGAAGAUCCGGGCGAAAGGAAUCCGAGGACAUGUAGUGAAAAACCACAUGAACUUCGAGGAUCAUUAUCGCUGUCUGUUUGGGGAUGCAACCUUGGAUACGAAGACAGAAAAUGUCUCUAUCCGUUCAUUCAAACAUCAAUUGAAGACCAUUAAAUCAAACAAAGUCACUUAUAAUAGUUUCGAUGACAAGAGGAUUAUACUCGAGGAUAGAAUACAUACCCUAGCUCACGGACACUACUCCACAGAGGAACCCGAUACACUAGCUGAGCAAGAUGAAUAAAUACAACUUCUAGAGCUGAAUAGAUAGUUUUUUAUUCUAAAAUAGAUGUUGAAUUGUAAAAUACCUUUGUAGUUAUUUCAUUUUUGUAAAAUAUCUACAGGGAUAUUAUUUUUUUUUUCUAUCUUGUAAAGUAUCCCUCUAGAUAUUGUAGGUAGAUAUUAAGUUAGGAUAA